CUGACGCUGGUUUAAUGAGCCAAGCGAUGGCCGAGAGCGUGAACUUAGAGUCGCUGUUGUCUGCAUUCAGUCGCUUUGCGGUCCACGGCGAUGCGCACGCCAGCGGACGGGAACUGAACGGGAAGAACUGGGCCAAACUCUGCAAGGACUGCAAGAUCAUCGACGGCAAGAACGUCAACGGAACCGACGUCGACAUCGUCUUCUCCAAAGUCAAGCAGAAGUCAUCCCGCGUGAUCAACUUUGACGAGUUCCAGCAAGCUCUAAAGGAGUUAGCGCCUCAGAGGUUCAAAGGAAAAAGUCGUGAGGAAGCCAUCACGGCCAUCUACCAGCUGGCACAGGCCGCAGAGCCCAGCAAAGUCGGAGUCACGAAGUCCUUGAAGGCUGGCGCCGUUGACCGUCUGACGGACACGUCUUUGUACACGGGGUCGCACAAAGAACGCUUUGACGAGAGCGGACGAGGACGAGGACGCGAGGGACGAGAAGACAUCGUCAGUAACUCGGGAUACGUUGGCGCCUACAAGAGCGAAGGAACGUACGACGCCAAACUAAAGGCCGACAAAUGAGGGCAACACACGCACGCCAACAGGAAGUGGA